UCUUAUUUUGUUUUGUUUUUGUGAAGUGAAUCUUUUGUAAAGUGAUCGUAAAAAUGCGACCCUUCGGCAACGAUAUCACAAAUAUUCCCAAUAAUAAUGGUGGUGGCGGGAACGGUAACGGGGGUGGUGGAGAUGAUCAUACAAAUACAAACACAACUAACGGCAAUGACAAUGCGACUACCAAUACAGAUGCCAAUGGAAAUCAAGAUAAUGUUGGCGAUAAUGCAAAUCAUAUUGAUAAUAGCGAUAUCCCCGUAGCAAUGACAGAUGAUCCACGUAUUCCACCGCAUAUAGCCAGAAUCGGCGGUGUUGCGGCAUUUUCACCCAUCGCUGGAAAGGGUGUUAUACGCGUAGUGCGUCGCUGCGAAGACGCCAAAGAGAACAACAAACUGGAUCUAUCACAAUGUGAACUCAUGCAAAUACCAGAUGCUGUAUAUCAUCUGAUGCGAAACACAGAACUCCAGACAUGUAAUCUAAGUGGCAAUGUCCUUAAGAAAGUGUCGCCAAAAUUUGCCCUCAAGUUCAGUGCCAUUACAGAUCUCAAUCUAUCACACAAUCAACUGACGAGACUGCCCGAUGAAUUUGCCAUACUUACUGAAUUGGCCAGACUAAAUAUUUCAAAUAACUCGUUCAUUGUAUUACCUCAGGUUGUCUUCAAAUUACCAAAUCUUACCACUUUGGAUGCCCAAAACAAUGCCAUAUUGGAGAUUGACACUGAAGAGGCUAUUACCAGCAACCAAUUGGCUUUGGUGGAUCUACGUAACAAUCCAUUGAGCAGAAAUUGCCGUCGCAAAUUGCAAGAUUUUCAGACUUCGUUCCGCCUUGAGAUCUCCAAUGAUGUAGAAGACGAUUGGUAGAAUUUUGGCAUUUUAGAUGAAAGCUUCAACCAAAUACUACAAUGUACAACAAAUCUCUCGUUAUCUCUGGAAAGAUAUCUUUCCUUCAUACUUAUUAUUUAUUGUGUUUAUAAAUUUAUAAUAUAAUAAAAACAAGAACAAAAUCAA